AGCCAGUAAAAAACCUUACAGUCCUCAUACUUUGCUGAGGAGAUAUAAAAGAGCCAUUGAUAGUUGACCCCAGUUAGGAAAAUCAGAAGUAGCCAAACUAAGAGCAAGGAGAAAAAGUCAACUUUCUGUACAUUAUUUAGAAAAAAGCAAAACUGCAUUAUUGUUAUUUUAUAGUCCUGCUUAAACCUUCUAUUCCUGCAGCCUCUCUGCUGGGAUACGGAAUUCCACAUUGCAACUGCUGCUUUAAUUGACAAUUCAGAAGAUCCUUCAGAUACCAGGAUUUCCCACAUUUCGCUUUUCAGAUGUGCUGUUGUACAGAUCAGAUUGUCCUGGCUGCCAGGUUGUGCAGUGAAAGAAAGUCUUCUUGGAUGAAGCAACUACAAAAGGAGCAACCUCAGAUCCCUGUCUCCAGGCUGCAGAUAUAAAACUAUUUUAUGGAAGAAUUAGGACAUCUCAUUAAGACUGACAAGCAUUAAUCAAAUCAUUAGACCUAAUCUGAUAUGGAUUUUUGACUUUUUAUUUUCCAAGAAACAAAAAUUAAUCAACUUAAGGAAACAACUUUUCCUUUAGUUCAUAUCUGUGUUUGCUAUACUUGCAUAUGCAUGAGUCCACAGAUCAAGUCUGAUGAAGCAAGGAAGAAUAUCCUAGAAAAGGAACUGUAUCUCCAACUUCAGGUUAUUUCAGCAUUAUUUAUUCACAGGUCUGCAGGUUGCAUGUAUUUUCAAAUUGUAAUGAAAAUGCCUUCCUGGGUCGUCAUCUUUAUUACUGGAUGGACUUUUUGUGAAAAAGUAUUUGUUUGCUAUGGCCUUGACUAUGAUUAUUCUUAUUAUUACAAUGAAGAGGAGAAACCUGAGGUCAUCGAUUACAAGGAUCCUUGUAAAGCUGCCGUCUUUUGGGGAGACAUUGCCUUAGAUGAAGAAGAUUUAAAAAUGUUUCAAAUAGACAGGACAAUUGACCUCACUCAGCACUCAAAUGAAAAAGUGGGACACACCACAGGUGGCCUUGGAGAACACAAUCUAUCAAAAAAAUCUGUAGCUCUCUAUCAGCUUAUCGAGAAGAUAAGAAGAUUUGGCUCUGGCUUUGACCAUAAAAAUGCAACAGCUGAAAAAUUAAAUAUCAAGACCUCAGGGAAAAAAAGUGUGAAAACUCGAAUUCCCAGAGCUGCUACAUCUCGAACAGAAAGAAUAUGGCCUGGAGGAGUCAUUCCAUAUGUUAUUGGGGGAAACUUUACUGGCAGCCAGAGAGCGAUGUUCAAACAGGCCAUGAGGCACUGGGAAAAACACACGUGUGUGACGUUUAUAGAACGUGCUGAAGAAGAAAGCUACAUUGUGUUUACAUACAGGCCUUGCGGGUGCUGCUCAUAUGUGGGUCGAAGAGGAAAUGGACCCCAAGCAAUAUCCAUUGGCAAAAACUGUGAUAAAUUUGGAAUAGUUGUUCAUGAGCUAGGCCAUGUCAUUGGUUUCUGGCAUGAGCAUACUCGACCAGAUAGAGAUGAUCAUGUCACUAUUAUCAGGGAAAACAUUCAACCAGGUCAGGAAUACAACUUCCUCAAAAUGGAGCCAGGAGAAGUGAAUUCACUAGGGGAAUCGUAUGAUUUUGACAGCAUCAUGCAUUAUGCAAGGAACACCUUCUCAAGGGGUAUGUUUUUGGAUACCAUUCUUCCUUCCCGUGAUGAAAAUGGAUUGAGACCUCCAAUUGGUCAACGUACUCGAUUAAGUAAAGGAGAUAUUGCACAAGCCAGAAAGCUUUAUAGAUGUCCAGCUUGUGGAGAAACACUGCAAGAAUCUACAGGUAACUUCUCAUCGCCAGGAUUUCCAAAUGGUUAUCCUUCAUAUACGCAUUGUAUAUGGAGAAUCUCUGUAACCCCAGGAGAAAAGAUUGUUUUAAAUUUUACAACUAUGGACCUUUACAAGAGCAGUCUGUGCUGGUAUGACUAUAUUGAAGUCAGAGACGGCUAUUGGAGGAAAUCUCCUUUACUAGGCCGAUUCUGUGGAGAUAAGCUUCCAGAAGUCCUUACAACAACAGAUAGCCGAAUGUGGAUAGAGUUCCGUAGUAGUAGCAACUGGGUGGGAAAAGGAUUUGCUGCAGUGUAUGAAGCAAUUUGUGGAGGUGAAAUCCAUAAAGAUGUUGGUCAAAUCCAGUCACCUAAUUAUCCAGAUGAUUAUCGACCAUUAAAGGAAUGUGUAUGGAAAAUCACAGUUGCAGAAAACUAUAAUGUUGGAUUAACAUUCCAGGCUUUUGAGAUAGAACGCCAUGACAACUGUGCUUAUGACUAUCUUGAAGUAAGAGAUGGCGGUAGUGAAAACAGUCCUUUGAUUGGUCAUUUUUGUGGUUAUGACAAGCCAGAUGACAUCAGAUCUACCUCAAACACCCUUUGGAUGAAAUUUGUUUCUGAUGGAACAGUAAACAAAGCAGGGUUUGCUGCUAACUUUUUAAAAGAGGAAGAUGAAUGUGCCAAACCAGACAAUGGAGGGUGUGAACAGCGCUGCAUUAAUACACUAGGAAGUUAUAAGUGUGCCUGUGAUCCUGGCUAUGAACUUGGACCUGACAAAAAAAGCUGUGAAGCCGCAUGUGGAGGACUGUUAACCAAAUUAAAUGGAACGAUAACUACUCCAGCGUGGCCUAAGGAAUAUCCUCCAAACAAAAACUGUGUCUGGCAGGUGGUGGCUCCUUCUCAGUACAGGAUAUCAAUGAAAUUUGAGUAUUUUGAAUUAGAAGGCAAUGAAGUCUGUAAAUAUGAUUAUGUUGAGAUUCGCAGUGGACUUUCCUCUGAUUCUAAACUACAUGGGAAAUUUUGUGGAACAGAAGUGCCUGAAGUCAUUACCUCACAGUAUAAUAACAUGAGGAUCGAAUUUAGGUCUGACAACACUGUAUCAAAAAAGGGCUUUAAAGCUCACUUCUUUUCAGACAAGAAAGCUGCCUGCAAAGAGAAAAUUUUUAUUUUUGAAACUUGCAAGGACUUGAUAAAAGGUUCCCCUUCAGGCCGAGUACGUAUAAAUGAGAGACUAGUGGCCUCUGAAAAGCUCAGAGAUAAAGAUGAAUGCUCAAAAGAUAAUGGAGGUUGUCAACAUGAAUGCAUCAAUACCAUUGGAAGUUAUGUCUGCCAGUGUCGCAAUGGAUUUGUACUUCAUGAGAACAAACAUGAUUGCAAAGAAGCUGAAUGUGAGCACAGGAUUCAUAGUCCAAAUGGAUUAAUUGCAAGUCCCAACUGGCCAGACAAGUAUCCAAGUCGGAAGGAAUGCACGUGGGAAAUAAGCGCCACCCCUGGCCACAGAGUUAAGCUAACUUUCAAUGAAUUUGAGAUUGAGCAACAUCAAGAAUGUGCUUAUGAUCAUCUAGAGAUAUUUGAUGGAGAAACAGAGAAGUCUUCGAUUUUAGGACGACUGUGUGGUAAUAAGAUACCAGAGCCCCUGGUUACCACUGGAAAUAAAAUGUUCCUGCAUUUUGUAUCAGAUGCAUCAGUACAAAGGAAAGGCUUCCAAGCCACACAUUCUACAGAGUGUGGAGGCAGACUGAAGCCAGAAACAAAACCCAGAGACCUUUUCUCCCAUGCUCAGUUUGGUGACAACAACUACCCUGUGCAAGCUGAUUGUGAGUGGCUGUUAGUGACCGAAAGAGGUUUACGUAUUGAACUGAGUUUUCAAACUUUUGAGGUGGAAGAAGAGGCGGACUGUGGUUAUGACUAUAUUGAGUUAUUUGAUGGCCAUGAUACAUCAGCAACGAGACUUGGGCGUUACUGUGGAUCUGGGCCACCAGAAGAAAUUAUAUCAACAGGAGAUACAGUAUUAAUUCAUUUUCAUACGGAUGACACAAUCAGCAAGAAAGGAUUUCAUAUACGAUAUAGAAGUGUGAAGUACCAAGAUGUGCAGCACACCAAAUAACAUAAGAAACCUCUGACAAAAAACAAACAAACCUGUGUGAGAGAUUGACAGAAAGGAAGUAUUUUUUUUACUAACGUUAUUAGUACAAAUGUUUUAUAUCAUAAAUAUAAAUGGAAAUGACGUAAAUAAUCAGGAAGAGCACUGAUUGAAAAGGAAGAUUCUACAAUCACAGACGCAGGUUGACUGUUUAAGAGCACUGCAUGCUUCUAGGGAGACUGCUUUUCAUACUCAGCUUGACAUUUGUCAAGGUUGCCUGCGGAAUCCAUCAGUAUCACUCGCGUUACCCUGAGGACAUUACCUCCUGGCUAUUAUUUGUAACAAUAAAAAAAAUAAAAAAAAACAAUAAUAAUAAUAAAGAAAAAAGAAAUUUCUAAAGGUCACAUACUCAUAUCUUCUUAAACUCUUGCAGACUUGGCUUUUGUGCUUUGUUGUUGGCAUAUGAUGCAAAUAAAAUGGGAUACAGACUUCAGAAACCAGUAUUAUGUUCAGGGGAUAUUCUGAGCCUUUAUGGGACGUCUCAUAAAAUUCAAUUGAACAAUGAUGCAACUGGAACCUUAAAGCGUCUUUGUUUUGAUGCAGAUGUCUGUUCUGUAUCCUUAAACAGCUCUGUUGUUCCUUUCACCAUCAUCUAUAAGAAUGUAAAAACUUUUUUUUAUUACAUUCAUUCAUUUAACAGACACCGGUGAGAAAUGGAUGUUUUCAAAUUUACAAGGUUUAAUAUGCCAUAAGUUGUUAUGCACUGUUACUUUGCACCAAACAUAAUCAGGGACCUGUUAAUGUUUUGCAAAUUUGCUAUGUAACUCAGAUCCUCAUUCUGGAAAGCAAAGAAAUGCUCAAGGAAAAAUUGAAUCCAACUAUACUAAAAAGAGAUCACAAAUUUUCAUCUUUCAGUAUCAAUACAUGUAAUGGCUGCUACAUUUCUUUGUAGAUGUGUGUACUUUUCACUUAAUGGCGAUACACUGUAGUUUUCCCAAGCAAAUGCAGAAAUUCCCAGUAGAGGGACAUUAUAUAAUGCCUGUUUUCAUGUAAAAUAUUUUGAACUGUUAAGCUUAUUCAAAACUUGUUAUUGGAAGAAAUCUCCAAUGGUGCUAUUCAUCAAACUUAAAAAAGAAAUAUCAUUGAGCCAAUAAUUUGCAAAAUAUGAAUGUCUCAGUUUGCCUGGCUGCAUUUGAAGACUAUAGACUAUCAACUAUAUGAAGAGAUCAUUGUAAUUGCAGCUCUACGUUCUGUGGAACAACUAUUGCCUUAGAAUUAUUGCACAUGAUCAAACAGAUCUUCUUGUAGAUACAGCUGUAAUUUGAUAAAUCAUUUGACAACUUUAACAUUGUAAUGUAUUUACAAAAGACCUUUAAGGAAAUCAUAAACUUAGCUAUAGCAUCUAUUGUACAUAUACUGACUUGCUUUCUAUGUAUGAGUAUUGUAUCUUAUUUUUGAAUAGUUCUAUUAUGUGCUUUAGGCCUUUUAAGGCUUUAGUCAUGCUGUAUAUGCAAAUGUCAGUUUGAUUGAAUGUACAUGCUUCAGAAGUGUAAAAUAUCUUGUAUGGUUGACCAGUUAACUUGUUCCUUUACGUGCCAAAAUCCUUAUAAUCUUUUUUGUCAAGUACAACUUUUAUUUGAAAGUUGUUAAAUGCAGAGAGAGGGGAUAUUUAAAGUUACGGGAAUUAAAUUGAGAUUAUGUUUUAUUAGCUAGAAGUAUUGUUUUGAUAUUUUUUUGAUGUAGGUUGCUAACUACCUUGGCAUCGGACAUCUUUUAUCUCAUCAGAAACAUUCACUGGCACUAAUUUUUUUUAUUUUUUAUUAUUAAAUCUUUUUCUCUUGAUAGAUUUGUUAUUUAAGAAACUUGUACCUAUCGUUUAUUUGUAUUAUUUGUUCCUUGUUCUGUUCCAAAACUUUGUCACAUUAAAUGUCCAUAAAAUUA